AUGGCUGGACCGACGUCCCCCGCCGCCGAGGGUCCCACGUUUGCCCCGCCUCCACUGCCCGCCGGCUGGAUUGCGCAGUGGGAUGGCUCCAGCAAGAAGUAUUACUUCGUCCAGUUGUCCACCGGCGUCUCUCAGUGGGACACGCCUACCGAGCCUGCCUUCACGGGCAGCACCCCGGCCCAGAACGUCGAACAUCCCUACGGCACCCCGCCCCAGCCUGAGCUCAUCACUCAUCCCGACGGUUCUCAGACGGUCCGCCACGCCGACGGCACCAUGGAGCCCAUCUUGCCCGACGGCGCAAGGGGCGCGGGUGGUCCCACGGGCGAUCGCGGUAUUGGUACCAUGGCCAUGAACGCACUUCUCGGCGGCGGCAAGAACACCAGCCACGGCAGCAGCAGCAACAACAGCUCCAACCCACUGGGUAACCUCGGUGGCUUGGCCAGCCAAUUCCUCGGAGGUGGAAGCCACGGUAGCGGUGGUGGCAACAGCAGUGGAUCAGGCAAGAACUCCUCGGCGAGCAAGCUUGUAGGACAGUUGGCAUCGAGCUUCAUGGGAUCGGCGACGGCUACCUCGGAGAAGCCCCCUCCCCCGCAGAAUUACCACGGCGGUCAGUCCUCCAGUGGGUCGCAUCAUCAACAGGGCGGACUGGCUGGCACGGUCAUGGGCGGCGUUGCCCACAUGUUUGGCGGCAAGCCUGGCAACGGCAACCAGAACUUUGGCUACUCUAACUCGGGUCAGAGCCAGGGCCAGAGCGGAAGCUACUCGGGCGAAGCUCCCACGUACCAUCCCCCGGGCUCCUCAGGCAAGCCCACCUCGACUCCCACGAGCGGAUCGCAGUCAUACGGCUCGCCCUCUCCGAACAAGCCCCAGCAGCAGGGUCAGCAGCACCAACAGGGCCAGCAUACCUCGCCAGGCCAGCACAACCAGCCAGGCCAGUAUAACCAGCCAGGCCAGUAUAACCAACCAGGCCAGCAUACCUCGCCGAGCCAGCAUAACCAGCCGGGCCAGUAUAACCAGCCAGGCCAGCAGAGCCAGCAACACCAGGGCUCCCACCCUCAGCAACCCAUUUCGCACCAGUCUCAUGGCUCCAACCCUUCCUAUGGCUCGAAUCCAUCCUACGGUUCGAAUCAGCAGUAUGGAUCCCAAACCAAUUCAUUCCCGCCGCCCCCUACUUCCGGCGGACCACCUCAGCACGGUUCGAACCAGCAGUAUGGAUCACAAACCAACUCAUUCCCGCCGCCCCCUACUUCCGGCGGACCGCCUCAGCAACAAGCUCAACAUGGCCAGUCUCAGCACGGCCAGUCUCAGCACGGCCAAACCCAGCAGCAUGUCCAGUAUCCACCUCCUCCCCCAGGCCAGCCGCCUCAGCAGCAAUCAUAUGGCCAGUCUUACCCUCACAGCUCGCCUCCUGCUAGUAGCCAGGGAGGUCAUGACCAGUACGGCCAACACCAGCAAUCUUUUGGCGCCCCUUCUUCGGGUGGUCAUCAGCAGUUCCCACCUCCUCCAACCGGCGGAUACAAUCCCUCAUACAAUACGCCUCCCGGUGGCCAGUCGUCCCAGUACGGCUCUCAACAGCACCAUGAGGGAGCCCCUCCCCAGAUUCCACACGGAAGCUACCCUCAACAAGGCCAGCAAUAUGGUGCACCUUACUGA